AUGACGGCUUCUGGACCUGGCCGUGAAGCCGAGUUGAACGGCAACACCAACACCAACGGCAUUGUCGACGCCAGCCAACCCAACCAGAAAUAUACAUAUCUGGCAGGAAUCAAUGUGACGCAUUCGAUAGCGCCGGCCAUGCACAACUUCAUCGCGGCGUCGCUGGGGCUGCCGUGGACUUUUUCGGCGGUGGAAUGCCCGACUGUGGAGGACAUGAUGAAACUGUUCCGGGCUCCAACGUUCGCGGGCGGCGUGGUGACCAUGCCGUAUAAAAAGGCAGUCAUGGCCCACCUGGACGAGCUGGACGAGCUGGCCACCACGCUCGGCGCCUGCAAUAACGUCUACUUGAACAGUGAGGGCAAACUGUGCGGCACCAACACCGACUGGCGCGGGGUGGAAGGCUGCUUGAGGAAUGCGACUGCGAAUGCCAAUGCGAAUGCUGUGGUGACACCCAAAAAACCCGCCCUGAUCAUAGGAGCGGGCGGAGCCAGUCGAGCUGCCGUCUAUGCUCUGUUUGCCAGGCUGGAGUGCAAUGUCAUUUACAUUAUCAACCGAGAUGACCAAGAAGUGGCCGAUUUGGCUGCCGACGCCAAAGCGUACACGACCAAGACCGACUUCAAGCAGGAACUGAGACUGGUUCACGUCAAGAGUGUGGAACAGGCACAGACACUGGAACCGCCGUAUUAUGUGGUCGGUACGGUGCCGGACUUCCCACCCACCACUCCUAAAGAGAUUGAGGCCCGACGGAUUCUCGAGGUCUUUCUUCAACAACCACAACAGCCCAAAGGAGUCUUGCUAGACAUGUGCUUCAAACCCAGGAAUACAUCGACCUUGAAGCUGGGGGCCAAGUACGGUUGGACCACGGUGGAUGGCACCAAAAUCAUUGGUCACCAAAUCCAAGAGCAGUACCGUCUGUGGGCAGGGGAGGACGCCGUGGCCAAGUUGGAUGUUGCUGGGGCUUGGGAAGUACUUGAAAAGGCCGCAUCGGAGAGUAAGGGGAUUAAUUUUUAG